CCCUCCCUUCAUCUUCGCCAUUACUAGAUUACUGUACAUCCGUUCACCAAACUACAGAAAACAGGACAUGUUUGAGUAACGAGAGGAUUAACAUGAUAUGUGCUGGAUGACGUCUCUAAUCUGAGUCCGAGUCACAGCCAGUCUCCUCCUGUCUCCCUCACAGCCUGCGAUCCAAACGGACCGAACCAGGAAAUCAGGUCGGAGUUUAUAAAGGAAGCGUCGCCAUUAGAACAACCAGUGCUGUUUAUUACCAGCAGUCCUCUUGUGUCUUGUUUACGGACAAGUCAGCAUGAGAGAACUGGGGGAAUUUUGUUUAACUUAAGUACUGUGCCUGAGGAUGAAUUGUAGAGCAUAGUGACUGUCCAGAAGACAUAAUGGAAGACCUUUACAGCACUCCAGUUGAAAAAUGGACAGAGUCCAUGGUGAGCAGCUGGUUAACAUCAAUAGGAGUAAAAGAAACUUACAUUAAAAAACUUAGUGAAGAGGAAGUAGAUGGCCAAAUACUUCUUGAAAUCACAGAGGAUUUUCUGAAAAAAGAGACUGGAAUGAAAUCUGGUCCAGCACUUUUGAUUAUUAAGAAAAGAAAUGAGCUAGUUAAUACCUUACAAAAGUCUCAGAAGCAGAAGGAUAAUGCACGCGAAAGGACUGCUGAAAACAGUGAUCGUGGAGCAGCAUCCAUCAAGACUAAGUCAGUAACUAGAAGUCCACAGAAAGGAGAGGAGAAAGAAGAUUCUUUGAUUGUUCCAAAAACAAAAAGAGAUUCGAAGCCACGACCUUUUGGUAAAACAGGCAUUGACUUUAUAUAUGUGAAGCACAAUGUUCUUCAUCCUGAAACUGGUGUCAUUGAUCUUAUAACACCAUGUCAUGAGUACAAGGCAUUUACUAUUGCAGCUUCUUUGGACCGCCAAAGACUUCAAGCAAAGCUGGCAAGGGAAGUUUUAAAAUUUGCCAUGGGAUGCAUAAACAUUAGAACGAAUGGCACAAUACACUUUGGUAUAAUGGACAGCCAGGAGAAUUCUGGCUAUGUGCAUGGUGAAAUCAUUGGCAUUCCCAUUAGGGAAAAGGACAUGUAUGUCGAUGCGCUAGAUCACAUUGAAAAAAGUUUUUCCUCCUCUGACAGCGAGCUUGUAAGGCAGUGUAUUCGACCACCUGAGUUUAUUCUGGUAGUUGACCAAAAUAGCAAAGAUGAACACUAUGUAGUUGAAGUUGACAUUGUACCUUUCGUGAGCAUUGUGAAGAAUAGAGUUUUUUCUGUCCGCUUGCCCAACUUUAAAGAGACAUCCAAUAAAGUUGAAUAUGAAAAGAAAACAGUUUAUCGCAGGGUUGGAUCCAAAACAGAACCAGUUGUUGAAACUGAUGAAUUUUACCAAGGACUUAAUUUCAGAGAUGCUCGAAGAGAAGAGGCAGAGCAAGAACAAUGUUUACCAAGCCCAGACCCUAGCCAAGAUCUUGGAAGAAAACUCACCAUGCUUGUAACAGGUGGGAAAAAACUAAUAGAAAAGGAUAAAUGGUACAUACUUGUUACAAACAAGUUUCCAAAGCAAGAUCUAAAACACAUUGGUUUCUUACUAAACAUGAAGACAUUCUGUGUGUUUGACUUUGACCCAGAUUCCAUGGUGUCUGGGUUAUGUCAUGAAUAUGUUAAGCACCAUGCUGUGAACCUCCAUUUCAUGCAAAACUACAAAAUUGCAAGUGGAAUGAGCAUUAGAGAAUUUGAGAGUCAACUUCAUUUGUUUGAACAAACAAGCUGGAUUUUCUGCAAUGGACGAAAUGAUUUCAAAGGUAACGAGUUGUAUUUGGAUGAAAUUACUUGGUCUAAAACAAGGAGAACAUUCCUCAAGGACUGCGUGUCAUUAAUCUGCAAGGAUGUAUUGCCCAAAGGAACCUUUCUUGUGAUCUUUCUUCUCACCUCUCCUGUUGAGACACCUCUUCUGAACACAUUCUAUGAGUUUUUCACUGACAUGGAAGGUCAUGAAGACAUCAUAUGCAUCUCAGAAUCAGAGGAGAACUUUAAAAAAUGGGAGACGUUUGCACAUGGAUCUUGUGACAGUGAAACUGUCAACAUUUCAAGUGUCGUGGGGAUGAAAAUGAGUCAUGUCAAUGCAACUCUCCAGAGAGUCCAGACCAACACCACUCGUACAACCAAGCAUUUACCCAUUUAUGUCAAAGGGGAAUGCUGUCUUGAGACAUGUGAGGAGGAAAGGAUGUGUUCCUUGGAGAUUGUAGGUAUUAACCAGUGUGAUGACACCAGCCCCGAGUUCAUUGACUCAGAGAAAGAAGAAAUUGAGAGGCAGUUUUACCUUGGAGGAAAAGUGACAUGGAUGAACUUUUGGCUUGCAGAGAAAAAGUUUGUUGGGGAGAUGAUUCAAAGAGAUGCGUAUGAUGAAGUGACAAAACUUCUGAAGAACAUUCUUAAACGGAGUUUAGAUCAGAUGCCCAUUGAUAACAUCAAUAUAUACCACCAUCCAGGCAGUGGUGGAAGUACAGUAGCAAGGCAGGUCCUUUGGAAUCAAAGAAAGGACCUAAGGUGUGCAGUAGUGAAACCAUCUUACUCUGCUGGAAUAGUUGCUGAACAUGCUGUUAAAUUCAGGGAGUAUGAGGAAAAGGAUCCACAGAAAUGCUUACCUGUACUCUUACUUAUUGAGGAUUGUGACAAAGAGUAUUUGGAAGACUUAAAGAAUGAAUUAGAAGUAGCUGUCUACACCAAGAGAAUUCCACCUGGAAUACCAUGCUUCAUUCUGCUCAGCUGUAGACGAUCCUAUACUCCAGAGAAUCUGUGUAAGGGGUCACCUCUGCUAAAUGUUUCUGUGACUCACAAACUUUCUGCAGAAGAGAAAAGGCAAUUUGCAGGUAAACGGCGAACACUUGAGCAACAGUACCAGCCAGAGUUCAUCCUGACGUUCAUCUUGAUGAGUGAGGAAUUUGAUCAUAAGAUCAUUGCUGAAUAUGUGAAACAGUUUGUAAUGCAUUUAUUACAAGACAUUGAUCAUUCAUCAGUCGUUACCCAACUUACUCGCUAUGUAGCUCUGCUCAACACUUAUGUCCAGGAUUCUUUCAUUUCUCAGUCACAUUGUGAAGCCCUUCUUGCUUUAUCUAUUAGAGUGGACAGAUUUCGACAACAUGCCUUUGAGCGUUCUCUUAGUGAACAGGCCAAAUUAGUCUUUAUACAUUUAAGAGAUGAAAGGACCUACAUUACAUCUAUCAGAAUCAUUCAUCCACUUGUUGCAAAGGAAAUUCUCCAUCAGCUUUUGGGUGACGGGCAACAACAAAGUAACCUUGCACUUGAUCUCCUUAACAAUGAUGUGCUUUUUGAACACAGAUUUGGAAGAGAAGAUUACAUGAAGUUCCUUCGUGCAUUGUUCAUGAGACGUUACAGGAUAAGCAAAGGUGAUGAAUCAGACAGCUUUUUUUCUCCCCUCAUUGAACAUGUAAGAGAAAAUGAAAAACCAGAAAAAGCAAUUGAGUUGCUCAAUGAGGCAUACAAAAGAUUCAACAAGGAUGCAUUAUUUGCUCAGCAACUUGCUCGACUUACAUACAGACAUGAAAAAUUUGAAGAGGCCGAACGUUGGGCAGACAUUGCGGCAAGUAAAAUGCCCAACAACUCCUAUAUCCUUGACACCAAAGGCCAGGUGUACAGAAGAUGGUUCACAAUGAAAUGCAAAGCCAUGGAAAAGACUCGCAAAACAGCAGAGAACAUAGCAGGUGCAAUUGAAACGGCACUUAAAGCCAUUGAAUGCUUCCAAGAAUGUGAAAAGGCAGCAGUUGCAGACAUUGAAUCAAUGAACAACUCAGGAUUUUUUGCAGUUGUAGAGGUGGGAUGCAGCUUGUUGAAGCUAAUUUCCUCACUUCACACAUUUUCAAACAAGAGUGAUGGUCGUUCUGAAUUCCUCAACUACCUUCUUACAGACUACAUACCAAAAGAGGUCGAAAAACCCUGGGAACACUUUCACUGCAAACUCAAAAAACUUCAGGGUACAAUGCGGGAAGCACUGGAGUGGAUAUCAGAGGACUUGAGUUAUUUCCAGACAGACCAAAAUACAGAUGAGGAAGAAACCGCUAUAAGUUGUGAGUUGACAGUAACUCACCCAAAGCAUUGGUUGGUAACCAAGUCUUCUGUUUAUGGUAAGUUUUUCAGUGAGGCUUCACUCAGUGCAGUGCCUAGUCAUUGGCAAUCUAAUCCAGCUAAUAUGACCCCCUUUAUUAAACGCAUGAUUAUUUACCAGCUUGGUGGCGGAAACCUCACAGCAAUCUUUAACAUACUUGACCAGAAAGAUAAGGACAAGGUCAAGACCUUAGAGGACAUCAUUUCACUGUAUCCAAAGAAUCCAAUGGCUGCCAAAAUGCAUCAGGUUGAUCUUGUCAACUACAUAGCCUCACAUUUUGCUUUAAGUUCAGUCUCAGCCAGGUCGCCUAAACUGGCUGCCGUAAGUGAUCUCCAAAAACUCAGCAACCUUUUCCCCCAUGACAAGUCAAGAUGCCUGUCAAGUGCUCUGUUUUUAUGCAUCUUGUUGUUUUGGCCAGAGGAGCAUGACACUGCUCGUGAAAAGGAAGACAAAUAUGAAAUUGUUCUGACUACUCUCAAAUACCUCCAGCAAACAUACUGGACCAAAAUGAAGGAUAUCCCUCAUAGAAGGAGGAGGAUUUACACCCAUUUCUUCUUGGGAAAUGGAACUGGAUAUGAUAAAUUUGUCCACAAGAGUAAAAUUGAAAAUAUUACAAAACUUCCCACAGUUUCAGAAAAGCGUAUGAAAUGGUUCCGAGGAGAAUUGUGGAAAACCCAAGAAAUUGCUGCGGUGCUUAAACGUGUGACUGGCUGGACAGAAGAAGGAACUGUGUACCUUGAGGGUCCUAAGAUAAGAAAGUUCCCAGUUCAUCCCCUUUAUGUACACUCAGUGCCCUAUGGUAAUGAAAACGUCACCUUCUAUCUGGGGUUUACGUUCAGAGGUCCUGUAGCAUACAAUGUCACAGUAAGAAAGUAAGGAAAUUUCUAACCCAAUGGGAGGGCACCACCCAAUUUUGGCCCACGUUUUUUAGCAGAAUUGUUUUAAUUCUAAUUGUUUUUUCUACUUUGGAGGGUUUUUUAAACAUGAAUGGCCUAACUGAUAAGGCCAUGCUACAGAAUGUCAAGAUUUAAGUCCAGACUUUGACUAGGCCACUCCAAAACCUUAACAUUCAUUUAAUACAUUUUUUUUUUGAGCCAUUCAGAGAUGGACUUGCUGUUGUGUUUCAGAUCAUUGUCCUGCUUUAUGAGCCAAGUGCAUUAGAGCCUUAGAGCUUAAAUUCAUGGUUCCAUAAAUUAUGGCAAGUCAUCCAGCACCAUCCCUUCAUACUAUCACCACGAUGUUUGACUGUUUGUAUGAUGAUCUUUUUAUGAAAUGCUCUGUUAGUUUUAUACCAUAUUUAACAGAAUGCAUACCUUCCAAUGUCCCUCUAUGGACCAUCAGUCCACAGAAUAUUUACCCACAGGUCUUGUUGAUAAUCAAGAUGUUUUUUUGGCCAAUGAGACAAGCCUUUGUGUUCUUUUUGGCCAGCAGUGGCUUUCACCUAGGAACUCUCCCAUGGAUGACAUUUUUUUACUCUUUCUUAUUGUUAAAUUAUGAACAAUGAGUUCUUUUAUGAGGUCUUGGAUGAGUCGAUGACCGUCAAUAAUAUUCAGCACAUUUUAAUAAAAA